AUGCCGUAUCGGGGCGCAGUCUCCGCAAGCUUCGUUCCACCAUCGACGUCCUCCGUUCUCCGACCGCCACCCUCAAACAAACUGUUGAACGCUGUUCUGGAGAGGUUGUCGCGACCGGUGCUGCCCGUCCGCGUUCAUCCGCUCUUACUGCGGAUCCCGAUUUUGCUUACUGCUGACAGCUUGCUUACGCUUGCUGAUUCUUGCGUGUCGCCGGGGGAUCGUUGGCCGCGAGCGCGCUGUGAUUUGUGCGUGUGGUUCGUUCAGGUGGCUGUGAGUGUUUGGGUCGUGGACUGGUUGCGUCUUUGAAUCGAAAUCAGUGCUUAUAAAUAAAAAACUAUAGCUAGCAUAAAAAUAAAAUUAACAUAGGUAUAACUCGAUUUUUUAUGAAGUUGAGUAGAUACUCAUUUUUCGAAUACAGGUAUAGGAGUUCUGAAUUUAUAAAAUAAUCUAUUUCCUCUCAUUACUAUAUUUGGCACCGGCUGUCUUUCUAAUACUUGUUCCAACUUUACGUCGCAAAUGCCAUGCGAUCGCAGCAUAAGUAAUUUAGCAUUGCUUCAAAACUAAUAAAGUCUAUAAUUUACGUUCUUCUUAAAGAGAGCAAAAUCAACUCCAUAUUUGCAUGAGUUACACACAAGCAUGUUUCUCUUCUAUGAACGUUUGGAUAUACAAUCCAAAAAGGUCUUAAAUGACACAAUGAGGUAUAACUUAUCUGCAUUGAGUCUAGUAAAACCAUCUUUUGUUUUUUUACUUUGUUUUUCGUAAUGCAGUCAUUUUUUCAUGCUCAUAAGCGACUGUUGCAGUCUUCUUCGAAAAACUUUUUAAUUACGUUCUUUAUCUUCUCUCUAGUUUCAUUCAUUCUUGUCCACCUUGUUACGUCUAGCAAACUUCUUCCCUCAGUGGGUAAUCGUUUCACAGGCUUCAUAUCAGUUUGGCUUAAAACAUUGUACUUUUUAACAAACCUACCACUCAAUACUUUACGAAACAGUAUCUUCUCAUUUUUCUAUUUGGUAUGCCUUAUAUUUUCUUUUAGUUGAUUUUGAACCACCUCACUGAAUAACAGAUGCUUUUUAACUUCUUCCACGUUCUCCUGAUUACUUGGUUUCGUUUUUUUUUUCUUUGGUAAUCGGUCCACUUUCGACUUUUGUGACAUUUUUAGACUUCUUACGUGAUCUAGUUUCCUUUGAAAUCUCUUCUAUCUUUUUUAAUCGAUCAAUUUCGUUUUUUGUUUUUUGAUAAGCUCACUUCUCCAUUUCCUCUGUUUUUCUGAGGGUCUUUUGGCACCUGAAGCUCUAUUGUCCAACAUUUGAGGAUCGAAGUGUGGAUCUUCAUGGUCCGAAGGCGGUGGUGACUCUGUAUAAUUAACAAUAGUAUUUUGCCUCACAUGAUCCCUAUAUCUUUCAGUUUUCUCUCUCCAUAUCUUUCUCACAGCUCGCUCUUCCCUGUCAGACCUUUUAUACUUCUAAAUUGUCCUUUCUCCUUCUUUCUGUCAUACUUCUCUUUUUCUUUUAACUCAGCAUUCUUGAUUGGAUCAUUUUUAAUUCGCUGGUUGCGUAGUCUUUCUGCUUGCAGUUUUUUCUCCAACCUUUCCUCUCGGGUUUGUUUUUUUUUAAUUUUGCCAUUUUAACGAGUUGUGGUUUUUUGUAUAUCUGAAAUUAAUGAAAUAGUGUUUAUACCACAUUAAACUUCAAGAGGCAGUAAGCAGGCCGCUCAGAGCCGUAAACUGGGCAAGGCAACUUCUUAGGUGCGGCCCACUGAUUGAUGUAACAGAUUGGUAUGAACACUGACAAUGAGCGCUUGAGCACUAAAUACGCCACUUGGCGUCUGGCCCAGCCCUUCAUGUCUGACCUAUUUCAGAUCUACUAACCCUUGAAGUUGAAUUUGGUACAGUAGCUACACAUCUUAUACAAAAAGGUGCCUUUGUAUUUCCCCUGGGCAGUGUGUAUUUCCCCUGGCAUAAAAACUGCCAGGGGAGUGACGCCAGGGAAGUGACAAAAACGUGCGUAAGCCCC